AUGGUAGAUCUACAGAUGGUUCUUUCACAAAGAGCAGAGGAUGAAAAUGAUCUAUGUAAAGACGUGACUUGCAAGAAGCCUCGAGGUUCUUGGUGUCAGGUCAUCGAGGUAGAUGGUAGCCCCAAAGCAACCUGUGUUUGCCCGAAGAACUGCGCAGGAGAAGAAGAGAAUCCCGUAUGCAGUGUGUUCGGCAAGCAGUACGACAACGAAUGUGAGCUCCACAGAUACGCAUGCAAGAAGAAAAAGAAUAUCCCCAUGGCCUUCAAGAAACCGUGUAUAGCAUCCCAGGGUGUCUGUACUCCAGAUGAAUUCGCACAGUUCCCCUACCGUCUUCUUGAAUGGUUCAUGCACUUGAAGGAAAAGGACGAGUUUGGAAGGAUCGAUCCCAACAGACGAAUCACACUGCUUGAUAAUGACCUGCGUCAUCAGAUCGCUAUGUGGAAGUUCAACGCUCUGGACAAGAACAAUAAUGGCGAGCUUGACAAGACCGAACUGUUGAAGAUCCGCUACUCCCUGAUGCCUCUAGAACACUGCGCCCAUCCGUUCUUCACUCGAUGUGCCAACCGGGAAAGGAAGGUAGUGGACGGUAGGAAACCAGACAAAAAGUCCAUCACCGUCGCCGAAUGGACAGAGUGCUUAGCGAUCGAGACGGAUCCAGCCACCGAGAUGGGGGUCGAGUCACCACCGGCCGAGCUUCAAGAAGAAGAACUCGUAGUCGAAGAGGACGUCGAGGAGGACUUGGAGGAAGAGGAAGAGGAAGAUGCACCUGAAGCCGCAUAAGCUUUCCAUAGAUUGUCAACACUACCAAGAGAAUAACUUCAUGACAAACGUGUCCAUAUCCAGAGCCCUAUCGCUGCCCAUAAUGCCUGGAAAGAAUUUCAUCAACAUUUUUGUACGACAAGUUGUCAGAUCUGACAACUGUGUUAGAUUUUGAUUGGCUGUAAACCGCAGUUCCUAUGGAAACUGUCGGAUAAAACAGGACUUGUCGGAUAAAACGUCCGACGGGUUCUUUCACGAAACACUCCUAUGAUGAAUACAAUCAUGUCACCAUGAUAAAACCAAAAAUACAUUUUUUUUUAAUUCGAUACAACUCUUCUUAGGACAUGCCAGUCACAAUUCCCGAAGGCAAGAUAAAAUAUCUUCAACGGUAGGGUCAACAAUCCAACACUUUAUAUACUGGAUUAUGUUUCAUUUUUCUAUCAUGUCUUUUGAGUUUUUAAACAUGACUUCAUUAUAAUACACUGCCUUCAAAACACAGUUUUAUAUCGAAAUUGUUAAUUUGUUGGUGAUCUGAAUGAUCAUUGGAAGAUAUAACACAUAACACUAUAUUCUCAAUGUGCAGACACAUUUCAUUUUCAAUCCGUAAUUCGUUAAGCAGUACUUACAAAAAAGGCUUGUAUAAAAAAACCUUAUAGUUUUCAUUGAUAAAAUUAUGUUUAUUUAUAAGUGCGAGUAUUUAUAGUAAAUUAAUUCUUUGGAAAUUUAGACGUAGAGAUUAUUAGUGGAAGCAAUGUAUAAAGUUUUAUUUUUUGUCAAUAUUGCACCAAGUGUCUGCUAUCAAAUGGAAUAAUUAUAAUGUCCUAAGUGUGCAUUCUUCUGGUCAUCAAUACUUCAACUAAACCACAGAGGAUAAGACGCCCUUUUUAAUACGAAGGUCCAUGAGAAUAUAAGAAUUACAAUAUUUAAUUAGAAAAUUCCAUUGCAGAACCAUUUUCCUUUAAUCUAGCUACCUCUUCCUACUAAAAAUAUCAUCAAAAGCACAACUUCUCUUUUCAAAUGUCAUCGUAGUCCUAUCAUUAGUUCAUUUUCAUUUCUGUAAAUAUGUUUGCUGCAGAUACCUAAUCAAUUAUUCAUUGAUGAUAAUUAGGCGUGUCAUUUUAUAGAGAAGUGUGUCAUUUAAUAUUUAGUAAGAAAAUAAAACACAUUGUGGAAAAAGUAUUGCUCUUUUACAAAAAAAUUA